AUGGCUGAAGAAGAAAUAUACACUAAGGAUGGAACAACUGAUUUCCAUAACAAUCCUGCCAUCAAGAAGCAAACAGGAACCUGGAAAGCAUGUCCUUAUAUUUUAGGAAAUGAAUGUUGUGAAAGAUUGGCAUACUAUGGGAUUAACACAAAUCUAGUCAAUUAUCUCAAAACCCAACUGAACCAGACCAGUGUUGUAGCAGUCACUAGUGUCACAAACUGGUCUGGCACAUGCUAUGUCACACCAUUGCUUGGUGCCUUCCUAGCCGAUGCCUACUUGGGUAGAUACUGGACAAUUGCUAGUUUCUCAAUUAUCUAUGUCUUUGGGAUGACAGUGUUGACACUAUCGGCAUCUGUUCAUGGACUGAAACCAUCAUGUGACCGAAAAAAUGUUUGUCAUCCAACAGGAAUGCAAACUGGGGUUUUUUAUCUGGGACUCUACAUGAUAGCUCUUGGUACUGGGGGAAUUAAGCCUUGUGUAUCAUCAUUUGGCGCGGACCAAUUUGAUGACUCGGAUCAGGCUGAGAAGAAAGACAAGAGCUCCUUCUUCAAUUGGUUCUAUUUUUCAAUCAACAUAGGUGCACUUGUUGCUUCUACCGUGCUGGUAUGGAUACAAACCAAUGUGGGUUGGGCUUGGGGCUUUGGCAUCCCUGCCGUGGCAAUGGCAGUGGCCGUGGUGAGUUUCUUCUCCGGUACACGGUUGUACAGGAACCAGAGGCCUGGAGGGAGUCCCCUGACUCGAAUCUGCCAAGUGAUAUUGGCAUCCUUCAGAAAAUUUGGAGUAAAAGUGCCUAAUGACAAGUCCCUUUUGUAUGAGACUGCAGAAGAAGAAUCUGCUGUCAAAGGAAGCCGCAAGCUUGACCAUACAAAACAGUUAAGUUUCUUUGACAAGGCAGCUGUGGAGACUAGAUCAGAUCAUAUCAAAGGCUCUGUCAAUGCUUGGAGGCUCUGCACUGUGACACAGGUUGAAGAGCUCAAGUCAAUUAUUAGAUUACUCCCCAUAUUAGCCACUGGCAUAAUCUUUACUACUGUAUACAGUCAAAUGGGCACCUUAUUUGUCCUGCAAGGCAACACCAUGGACCUUCACAUGGGCAGUUCUUUCGAGAUUCCUUCAGCUUCUCUCUCUCUCUUUGACACCAUCAGUGUCAUCUUUUGGGUACCGGUCUAUGACCGUGUAAUUGUGCCUUUUGCAAGGAGGUUCACUGGCCACAAAAAUGGUUUCACACAACUUCAACGAAUCGCGAUAGGCCUUGUCAUCUCCAUCUUCGCUAUGUUGGCUGCCGGGACUCUAGAGCUCGUGAGGCUAAGAAUGGUCACGGAGCACAACUACUAUGAUCUCAAGCAUGUGCCAAUGUCCAUAUUUUGGCAAGUCCCACAAUAUUUCAUCAUAGGAUGUGCAGAGGUUUUUACUUUCAUUGGGCAGUUAGAGUUCUUCUAUGAACAGGCUCCUGAUGCCAUGAGAAGCCUAUGCUCAGCCCUCUCUCUCACCACCACCGCGCUUGGGAACUAUUUGAGCACGCUGCUCGUUAAUAUUGUUAUGGAUGUCACCACCAGACAUGGUAGUCCUGGUUGGAUACCAGAUAAUCUGAACAAUGGUCAUCUUCACUACUUUUUCUGGCUUUUGGCUGUGUUGAGUGUGUUGAACUUUGGAGUCUAUCUCUUGGUUGCAAAGUGGUACACAUAUAAGAAGGCAGUUGAUCCGUCCACUGAUGCUACCCCAUGAUCUUAUGCAAUUCUUGUUAUCUGAAGAGCUGAAUUAUUAUUAUUUUUUUUCUUCUUAAUUUCUAUUUCAGAACAGGAUCAAGUAAUAUCAUUGGAAUUUCCAUUGUCAGUGUUCAAGUUAGUGAAGGGUGUUUCAGUCUAAUUCCAUCUAACAAGGGCAUG